AUGACCGGCGAACUGGACCCUCGGUUUCUGCGGAGUUUCCGCUCCACGUGGGAAGACACGCCGUCGUCGCAUGCAGUUCCGCAGGCGGCUUUGACGGCGCUGGGUCUCACGCGCGGCGACUUCCUCGAUGUGAAAGCCUGGAUCUUUUUGGUGGCCCGAAAGCUGCAGUUCGUAAACGGGGAACGCGCAGCAUUCAAGGCCUGCGAGGCUCUCGCGGCGCUCUUCGGCGACCCGCGCUGCUUCGCAAUCGUCCAAGAUGCACUGGCAACGGUGCCCAAGGAAGACGUCCCCCAAGUCUUGGCGAGUUGCUGCCUCAAACUCACUGCGCAGUUUGAGUCCCAGAGCAACGAAGCGGACCACGAGGACUUCCUAGUGGGUCCAACUUUAGCCUUCGCCACUCUCAACCAGCUGCACCGACUCUGCGCGGCCAAAACAGAAAAUGAUGAAUCUCGAACACACCUGCGCGCCGCAGAUGCUAGCCUGGCUGGAAACUGCAGUGUUCGCGUGCCUGAGCUCUACUGA